GUCGAACAGCUAGCGCGCUGCGUGGUCGCCUAGCAACCGCUCGGACGCUGAGCUAUGGAGCCGGUGCAGAGCAGGGAACGUCAAGCUAGGGGUUAUUUGGAAAAACAUCGAAUCAUGGAGCUGCUGCACCACCUCACCAGCGUCCUCCUCUUUGUUCGGCCUAUAAAACCAAGAGAGUAUUUAAUCUCUCUACUGGAACGUCUGAGAAUUGCGAAAGCCACUGGCGUUGCGUUCCCCUUCUUCGUGGACAGCUCUAACAUCGUGGCUAUGUUUGACAUGAUGGACCCCUCCGGCAGAGGCACCAUAACCUUUGCGCAGUAUAAAGAAGCUCUGAAGAACCUGGGUCUGUGUCCUGCGGAUGAGGUCUUAAGUGAUGAUGGACACAUAAUAACCCUGGAUAAGUUCCGGGAUGAAGUGAACGCAAGGACUUGGGAAAUAUGGAAGGCAUUUUAGUAACACCAUAAAUCCAGGCUAAUAAAUGAUUCUGUAAACUUC